UAUAACAAUUUUUGAAAAUACUUGGAUGGGGAGAAGAAAAUAAGCUUUCUAGGAAUAAACCGAAAAAAGAUAAAAAAAAAAUCCGAAAAAUAAUCAAAUAUAGCAUGGAAGUGAUUAACCAGAAUAAGGAGGAUAAUCCGAUGGCAGAAGAGGGCAAUGACAAUGCCAUUGAUCACAACGAAGACACAUGCUAUGGUGUGGAAGAUGAGCGAGAAGAACAAAAUUCAUCAGAGAAUGAAGGAGAAGAAGAAGAAGAAGAAGAAAAAGAAGAAGAAGCAGAAGAAGAAGAUACAGAGUGUGAGAAUCCGUUCGAGUUCGAAAACGGGAUUAAUCCUUUGGACUUAAUAGGUAACAGUGAUUCCGGUCUUCCGUGCUACCAGACAAUUAAAGAUUACGUGGUUCUCUGUAACAAAAAGCGAAAACCACUCGAACAAUGUCACCGUGAAGGAACUUCUUCUAAGAAGGCAAGAGAAGAAGAUAUUGCCGAGGUAAGCUCAGCUGAGAUGACGGAAAUUGAAUUAAUGAAUUUUGAUCAGUGCGGGAGAUCAAAAAAGAAGGUGCCUAGAAAAAGAGGUAGGCGAAAAGGAUCAAAGAAGAAACUUGACGAAAGGCUGUCACGAAUGUUGGGCGAUGCCAACCUUCACUAUGCAAAUCGUCGUUAUGACAUGGCUAUAACUGUGUUGCAUGAAGUUGUCAGGCUGAAGCCAACUUUACCCGAGUCAUAUCACAUCCUUGGACUUGUCCAUAAUGCAAUCGGGGAUUAUAAAAAAGGAAUGAGUUUUUACAAGAUUGCUGCUCGUUUGACUCCAAAGGAUUCAUCGCUUUGGAAAAUGCUCUUUGCAUGGUACAUAGAACAAGGUGAUAUUGGUGAAGCCAGUUGUUGUCUUUCAGAAGCAAUAAAAGCAGACCCUAAAGAUAGUACUCUAAGAAGUUAUCGAGCAAUGCUUUAUGCUGAACUUCAAGAUUUUCAAAAAGCUGCUGUGGCUUAUGAACAAGUAUAUCAACUUUGUUGUGAAAACGUUGAUGCACUAAAAGAAGCAGCUAAGUUCUAUCAAAAGUGUGGCCAAGUUGAACGCUCAGUUUGCAUUCUUGAAGACUAUCUGAAGAAUCAGCCAGAUGGAGUAAAUGCAAGUGUAGUUGAUCUACUUGGUGCCAUAUUGAUGGAAAUCAAUGCGCAUGACAAAGCUCUUCAGUAUAUUGAACUAUCUCAAGUGGACGGAAAAGAAUUGCCCUUAACUUUGAAAGUUAAAGCUGGAAUCUGUCAUGUUCAUCUUGGAAACAUGGAGAAGGCUCAGGUUUUCUUUAAUGAUUUGAAACCAGAGAAUGCAAACAAGCAUGUUGAGUUGAUCACUGAGGUUGCAGACUCAUUAAUGGGUCUUGGACAUUAUAAUUCGGCUUUGAAUUAUUUUCCGAUGUUGAAAGGAAAUAGUAAAAAUGAAAAUGGUCUUCUGUAUUUGAAAAUUGCUAGAUGUUAUCAAUUCUUGGGAGAAAGGUUACAAGCUAUUCUCUCUUUUUCCAAAGCCCUAGAAACACUACAAGAUGAUGUGGAAGCACGCAUAGCUUUGGCUUCCCUUCUUGUUGAGGAAGGGAAAGAAAAUGAUGCCAUUUCCUUGCUGUCUCCUCCAAAAGAUUCUGACCCUGGUGAAGCACAUUCUGAAAAGUCAAAUAGAUGGUGGGUUGAUGUGAGGAUAAAACUUAAGCUCUGCAACAUAUUUCAUAGUAGAGGGAUGUUUAAUGAUUUUGUGGGUGUAAGUUUCCCAUUGGUUCAUGAAUCGCUGCACGUUGUAACUCCUAGACAGAAGAAACCAAAUACAGACUCUCCCUUGUGUAAUCUUCACAAAGAUGAAGAAUAUCACCAGCUAAUCAUUGAUUUGUGCAAUGCGUUAGCAUCCUUGCAAAGGUAUAGGGAAGCAUUAGAGAUUAUUAAUCUCACUCUAAGGUCGGCUCAUACUUCUCUGUCUGCUGAGAAUAAUGAGAAGCUUCGUUCUCUUGGAACUCAAAUGGCAUACAACACUACAAAUCCUAGACAUGGUUUUCAUUGUGUAAAAUGCAUUGUUCAACAACAUCCACAGAAUGUUGCAGCUUGGAAUUGCUACUACAAGGUCAUAUCGAGAUUGGAAAACCGAGAUACAAGACACGACAAAUUUGUACGUGCUAUGCAAGGAAAAUUUGUGGAUUGCGUGCCUCCUAUCCUCAUUUCUGCACAUCAGUUUACUUUAUGUAGCCAUCAUCAAGACGCAGCAAGGAAAUACCUUGAAGCUUAUAAACUUUUGCCGGAGAAUCCCUUGGUUAAUCUCUGUGUUGCCUUGAUCAACUUGGCGUUGGGUUUCAGACUUCAAAAUAAGCAUCAGUGUGUUGGACAAGGUUUAGCAUUCCUCUGUAAUAAUUUGAGGAUUUGUCAGAACAGCCAGGUGUUUUUCAAAGUUGCUGCUGUUUAGCUCUUUUGGUUAGAAGAUCUGCAAAGUUUCUUUGGGAGGAGACAUAUGGAGUGCAGAUUAGACCACUAUCGAGUUUUUCUUUGAUGAAAUGUCUGUCAACUUCAAUAUGCAUGGUUUUGUCAUGCUGCACUGGAUUAUUUGCUAUGCUAAUAGCAGAUUUAUUAUCACAAUAUAGUUUCAUUGGUUCAUCUCAUUUUAUCUUCAGGUCCUCCAAAAUGAUCUUCAACUAUAGUAACUCGUAUAUUCAUUAUGCCAUUACCCUAAAUUCUGCUUCAGCACCGGAUCUGGAUACCACACUUUGUUUCUUACUCUUCUAAGUCACAAGAUUCCUACAUCCAAGUGCAAUAUCCUUUGGUUGACAUUCUAUCUACAAUUGACCCUUCAUAGUCAACAUCAGUAUAUGCUUGCAAGUGUACCUCCUUUCGUUGGUGCAUGAAUUGACUGACUAGGCUUAAAAUAAAGACAACAUCAGGUCUAAUAUGUGACAAAUAUAUGAGUCUUCCAACUAAUCUUUGGAUCUAUUGGUGUACUUGUUGGCUUGCAUGUUAUCUUUCCCGUUUCUUGCAGAAGAUUUUGUGAUGUA